AUAGAAAACUUUGCAAAAAAAUAUGGGUAUCUAAGGUACCUACAUACAUAGGUACCUACUUUACAAGAAUUUCCAUGGGUUGGCAGCGCUGAGCCACAUCAAAAUACACUGAUGCAAUGCUGCCAACCCUCGAAAAUUCUCGCCAGCCAUGCUUGAUAUUAUUGGGAACCCUAUGCAUGUUUUUUCUCAAUACCUACCUAAAUAUAGACCUAUAAUAUACAAACGUUGUAAGAUAUUCAAACGGAAACUGAAGUGAGUUUUAUCAAAAAGUGAUAAAAAUUACUAAAAUGUAGAUAGAUGCUCUCAAUGUCAACAAGAUAGUUAUUUGUUCCACAUUGUCUCUUCUGUUUAUAGUUAUGCGAAAAUUUCGGUGGUUAAAAUCAUGAUUGGUGCAAGUGUUGGGAAAGUAUUGUUGUUCGUAUGGCUGAUCUCCGAAGUAGGUAUCGAUGCAUUUCGAUGCAAUGAUGAUGAUGAGAAGUUACUGAAUGAUAAUUCGUUUUGUGACGGUGUUGUUGAUUGCAAAGAUCGAAGCGAUGAAACCUACGGAUGCAAUUCUGAUUCUUGCGGUGCUGGUAAAUUUCGUUGUAAUGAUUCCACGUGUUUACGUAUAAGCUUUCGUUGUGAUCUGAAUGGUGACUGUAGGGACGGAUCUGAUGAAGUAAACUGCGGUAACGUAACGGCUGAAAAUUGUGUAACACGCAAUGGUAAAUUCUUAUGUCGAGAUAAAUCCAGAUGCAUCGAAUUGAAAUACGCUUGCGAUAAUACGUGUCAUUGCGAUGAUUGUUCUGAUGAAAAUAAAGAUAAUUGUACAAGAUAUGCUCAUAGCAGUUUGUGUUUGUCUUGUAAACAUUUUUGCCUACCUACUCCUAAUGGACCUGAAUGUGUGUGUGAUUCAAUUGCUUAUGAAUCGAGCGAAUUAUGUAGAGAAAUUUCAGAUUGCUCUGGCUUAUCAGACUUUCGCUGCAAUCAAUUUUGUUGGGAAUGGAAAUACCGUUCCAAAGUUGAAUGUUUCUGCAAUAAAAAUUACUUUCUUGGCAAUGAUGGGAAAACAUGUCAAAGCAGUGUUCACAAUAAAAAUAUUUUGGUUUAUUCUACGGCAACUAAAAUAAAAGCUUGGAGUGAUUAUCAUAAAUCUGAGCAACUUUUAAAAAGUAAAGUAAAUUGCACCGCUUUGUCCGCUGCCCAUGAUUUCGUGCUCUUUGCGACUUUCAAUAGUAAAAAAGGACAAGGGCGCAUAGUUAAAACAUCAAUUCGUUCAGCAAAACCGGAUGAGGUAAUUGAGUCAGGUUCAUAUGUUACAUCCAUUGCAGUAGAUUGGAUAACCAACAAUACAUAUUUCACGUCGAACGAGUCAUUAUCAGUAUGCGCGAGUCAUGGUCAGAUUUGUGCACGAAUUGGCAUCUGCAAUGUCGACUACGUUGCUUUAGCUCCUGAGUUUGGAUGGAUGUAUUUCUCUCAACAAGUUGAUCAUAUUGAUGAAAGAUUAAUUAUUAGAUCGAAUAUGGACGGAGCCGACAGAAAUAUUUUAACAGAUGAAAGCUACAAGUUUCCAGUAUCACUAGCGGUUGACGAAAUAGUAGAAAUGGUGUACUGGUAUGAAACAAAAUCAGAUAUGUUGCAUUCAAUUUCAUUUUUUGGAACCAGAAAAAAAACAUGGUCACUCUCGUCUCGUUCCUUCACAUUCAAAGCAUUUGAAGGAUUUAAAGCAUUUGAAGGAUACUUAUUCUCUACACGAUAUCAGGACAAUAAAAUUUACAAAUUGAAGUGGGACAGAAUAUAUUAUGAAGAAUCGUAUAUAGAGACAGAGCACAUAGAUACAAACACCACAGCAGUGAGGCAUAUUUAUCCUUACAAUCCUCUUUUGCAACGUGCUGAAAAAGUAGCAAAUCCUUGUGCAUUCGCAUCGUGUGAUGGUUUAUGCUUAUUGAGCAGAUCUUCAACCACCCUCGGAUUAACUUACUCCUGUGUUUGUGAACAUUUCAAAGCUACAAAUACUAGUAAUCGCUGGUGCCACCAUUCUGUGUCAUCUGAUUCGCAUUUCGAAUUAACAUCAAACGAUCAGUGUGAUUUCAGAUCUGAGAAAGCUGUUACAGUCCCAUCCCAAGCUGAACCCCAUUCAACAACACAAUCGUCUACGAGUUUUGCGACGAAACGAGAUGAAUCACAAACUAUAUCCGCAGAUAAAUCUUCAAUGUCGACAAUAUUACAGAUAAAUUCUCAUGGCGAAAAUACGUUAAAUAUUGUGGCUGUAAUAGAGGGGGCAAUUUGUGUAAUUAUUUUGAGUAUUAUUUUAUUUUAUAUCUUACAAAUAUAUCGAGAUUUCAUGAAAAGGGGUCAUAAAGAAGUAAAUGUUACCGAACUUAUGGAUAUGUAAACAAAAAUUGAACUAUAUAUCGCUACUGCUUUUGUGUAGGUAAUGGUUAAGUCUCAUAAUAAAUUAGGUACCUACCUACUUACACAC